AUGUCAAUAACAAAGCCACCUAAAUCAACUUUAUCCAAAGUUGACAUUCAAGCAUUGGUAAAAUUAAAUGAUCCAUCGAUUUCGUUUGCAAAACCAGCAAAUGUUAGAAGUGAAGUUUGGACAAACUAUUCACAAAUUUAUUAUAAAAAUGAAGGUCUUGAUUACAUAAUAUGUUCACUAUGUAGAGUGGUGUUAAAAUGGAUAAGUGAAAAUGGUACUAGAGUUAUGAGUCAUCAUAAUUGUACAAAGCAAAAAUCUACCUCAACUACCCCAGUACGAUAA